UUACUAUCUCAGCUGUUGACACAACAACGGGUAGUAAAUAGCACGUGACACCUGUAUAAUGAGCAGUGAAAAAAUUAGCCCCGGAGACGCGUCUUGACCAUCGACAUCUGCAAAACUGUGAGAGGUCCUCGUUACAUCGCCAGGACGAUGCAGUUACGCAGCCGGGUCCUGCCCCGGGCGCUGCCCGACGCUCUGUCUGUCGGCUUCCUCUUGGUCGUCGUGCCCCUCAUCUACUGGUUCGAGCUGUGGGUGGUGCUGCCUGCGCUCUACCAGCCCGGGAGUCUCCUCUACGUGUUCCACUUCACCCUCGGCAGCUUCCUGAUGUUCAACAUCGUCGGGAACUUCACCUACGCCGUGCUCUGUGACACGAGCGCGCGGCGAGUUUUCGUGCACGCGUCCCGGGCCAGUCCCGACGACGGCUGGAGAUUUUGCGCCGAGUGUGAGUGCCUCGCGCCUCCACGCUCUUGGCACUGCAACACCUGCGGUGCGUGUAUCCUCAAGCGCGACCACCACUGUCUCUUCACCGGCUGCUGCGUGGGCCACUCCAACCAACGCUACUUUCUCAUGUUCCUGGUCUACAUGUUCUUGGCCACCCUCUACGCCUUUGUCUACAACAGCCAGUUCAUCUGGAGCAGGAUAGAGUUUGAAUUCCCCAUGACCCUGGUCAAGCUCGUCUUUCCCGUGGCCAUAUUCGUCUUUGGCUUCGACGGCUCUAUCAAUCAGCUCUACUUGAUGCUCUACAUUGUCACCGUUGUGGGAAUGCUAUUCACGGGUGUGCUCUGCCUGUACCAGUUUGACUUGGUUUUUAAAGGCUGCACCGCUCACGAGAAGAACAAGAAGAACUAUGUCUACAGUCUGGGUUGGAGGCAGAACAUUAGAGAAGUAUUUGGCAACAGGUGGUAUCUGGUGUGGCUGCUUCCGUACUUACAGUCCAAGUUGCCUCAGGAUGGUGUGACUUGGCGCACAAAGUGCAAAUGAACAUUCAUGACAACGAAUGUAAUCUCAUCCAAGGGACCAAAGCUAUAUGUAUUGUUAUAAUUUAUGUUGUACUUUGUUACAUAUUUUUCUCAUCACAUCGUCAUAAAUUCAUUUACAACAAAUGACUUUUAGGAAAUGAUAUGUACUCGUGUUUUUUUGAAUGUGUUUAUAUUUUUAAUUAACCAAAAGCAAGUGUGUACAGAGAUUAUCAUUUGCAGGUAUUUAUGUAAUUUUUAUUAAAGUAUUGUUAUUUGAACUUUACGGAGAAGUGUAAUUACUUUAGCUUGUAAGCAACAGAGGCUGAGUCUUUGAUUAUUUUUAAUCUUUUGUAUACAUUUUUCUUAA